UCCUCCCAAUUCCAAAGCUCUCACCUUUUACUCAUCCUCACACUCCUCUCAUGUCUUUCCUUCUCUCUUUGACAAAGAGAGAGAGAGAGAGAGAGAGAGAGAGAGAGAGAUCUUCUUCUUCUUCUUCUUCUCCUGAUUAAAGGGUGGGCAGGGGGAAUCUCUUUGGAGUGGUGGUGGUUCUGAGCAAAAGGGGGACAAAGCCUUGCAUGCCAAUGCACCUCUAAAUGUUCCUCUUUUGAGCUCCAAAUCCGAGGCUGCUUUGCUUUUCCAUCUUUCUUCUUCUACUUCAUCUUCAUUGCUUUCAUCUGGGCUUUUGGGGAUAUUAUUUGAGUUGUUUUGUUGCGAAUAAUGAGUGAGGGUGAGCAAGAUGGGCAACUGUGGAACCAGAGACGAGUCUGCCGUCGCUGCUGCUCAUGCCCAAGUUCAGCAGCUGCACAUGUUUCAGCUGCCUUCUAAGAGCACCCAAUCAGACAAGAAGCACAAUCGAUCAUUUUCAGACCUAAGUGAACCAUCAACUCCUCGAGUUUUUGAGGAUUCAAGGAACAUAUCGAUAUACACCAAUGUCAUUGCUUUCACAUUGUUUGAACUUGAGACAAUCACAAAGAGCUUCCGUUCAGAUUAUGUUCUUGGUGAAGGUGGAUUUGGGACUGUGUACAAAGGUUACAUUGAUGAGAAUGUGAGGGUUGGACUGAAAUCUCUUCCAGUUGCUGUCAAAGUCUUGAACAAGGAUGGGCUUCAGGGACAUAGAGAGUGGCUUACUGAGGUUAAUUUUCUAGGACAACUGAGACAUCCUAAUCUGGUGAAGCUGAUUGGAUAUUGCUGCGAAGAUGAUCACAGGCUGCUUGUUUAUGAGUUCAUGUUCCGGGGUAGUCUUGAGAACCAUUUAUUCCGAAAGACCGCGGCUCCACUGUCAUGGGCAACAAGAAUGAUGAUUGCGCUUGGGGCUGCCAAAGGGCUUGCUUUCCUUCACAAUGCUGAAAGGCCUGUUAUCUACCGAGAUUUUAAGACCUCAAAUAUCUUGUUGGACUCUGAUUAUACUGCUAAACUUUCCGACUUUGGACUCGCCAAAGCUGGUCCACAAGGAGAUGAGUCUCAUGUAUCGACAAGGGUGAUGGGAACCUAUGGUUAUGCUGCUCCUGAAUAUGUGAUGACUGGUCACUUGACUGCCAGGAGUGAUGUAUACAGCUUCGGUGUUGUCCUUCUCGAGCUCUUAACAGGCCGAAAGUCUGUGGACAAGACACGACCGAGCAAGGAGCAGAGUUUGGUUGAUUGGGCUCGUCCAAAGCUCAAUGACAAGAGGAAAAUGCUACAAAUAAUAGACCCCAGGCUGGAGGACCAGUACUCCGUGCGAGCUGCACAGAAAGCCUGUAGUUUAGCAUACUACUGUCUAAGCCAGAACCCAAAGGCGAGGCCACUCAUGAGUGAUGUCGUCGAGACCCUUGAACCCUUACAAGGAAGCAAUGCAAGCGAGGGCUCUGCUCGCGUCCCAAUGCUUGAAGGCCUUCCUGACUACCGACUUCACCGGAGGUUCCCAGCCAACAAUGCAAGCUGCAGAUCAAGUCCCAGUCCUAAAUGCACCCCAAGUCCGAUUACCGCCUGCCGUGUAAGAUGAGAUAAGUGAUAUCGAUCUGAUGCUGAAGUAGAUUCCGUUUCGGUUUCGGUUCUUGUUCUACCAAUGUAAAUUAUUAAUGUUUGUGUCUUUGGAGUUUUGCUUUGUUUCGCAGUGAGAAUGCUGAAUGUAAAUGUCGCGGUUCUAACCAUGAGUGUUAACAUGGGAACCUCUAAUGCUGCACAAGCAGGGUUUGAUUCUAGCAAUGAAAUGACACUUUGUUUGCCUUGUUUAAAAAACAUUUGGAAGUGAAUGUCAAGUAGAGUUUAUUUCAGCUUA